AUGUCAGACGCUACCAAGAAGCUCACGGAGGAGAUCGCAAGGCUCGAGAUCGACCUCAAGACGCUCGAAGCCUCCUGCACCACGUCCGAAGCGGCCAAGAAAAUCGCCGAGUACUGCCAAAAUACUGCGGACCCGUUCCUCGGAGAGAAUGACGGCGGUCCGAACCCGUGGCAGCAGAGCGGCCAGGGUGGCGGCGGCUGUAGCAUCUUGUAG